AUGUUUAAAAGUGGUUUUAUAAAACUCAACAAAACCGAACCGGCUAAAGAAAAAGCCACCAAAACAUCCAAUGAUAGGGGUGUUGUGUAUCUUGGGCAUGUCCCCCACGGUUUUUACGAAAAUGAAAUGAAACAUUAUUUUGCACAAUUUGGUGAAGUCACCAACAUUAACAUUCCUAAAAGCAAGAAAACCGGCAAAGCACGAGGAUACGCAUUUGUUGAGUUUUUGUACCCAGAAGUUGCCAAAGUAGUUGCAGAAACCAUGAACAACUAUUUGAUGCAUAAAAAAAUUCUUGUUGCUAAAUACCUCGCACCAAACCAAGUAAAAAGUAACACAUUUUGGCGUUGCAACAAAAACAAUAUUCCUCUAACAAUAAAAAAUAGGUCGAUACAAAGAAAAGCAAUGGAAAGACCAUUAGAUCCUGCACAAGAAAAACAAAGUAAGGCUGCAUUAAAAAGACGCAUUCAAUCUUUACAAAAGAAAUUGAAAAGCAAAGGAAUUGAAUAUGAUGUACAAGUAGAAGUAUAG